CCCGCGCGCCUCGGGCGGGAGCACAUCCGGGUCUUCGGGCCUGGACGCCGUUCGCCGGCCGGGGUCGCUCGGGGUCGCCCGGCGCUGCAGGCCUCCGCGGUUCCCACGCGGGAAGUGCCGGGGGGUCGGCAGGUUUGAACCUCUUGUCCUGGAAGCCGUGCGUCCCCACAAUGAGGCUUGUAAUUCUUGACAACUAUGACUUGGCCAGUGAGUGGGCGGCCAAAUACAUCUGUAACCGCAUCAUUCAGUUCAAACCUGGACAGGACAGGUAUUUCACGUUGGGAUUGCCAACAGGGAGUACACCUUUAGGAUGUUAUAAAAAACUAAUAGAAUAUCACAAGAAUGGAGACCUUUCUUUUAAAUAUGUGAAGACCUUUAACAUGGAUGAAUAUGUAGGACUUCCCAGAAAUCAUCCUGAAAGCUACCAUUCUUAUAUGUGGAAUAACUUUUUUAAGCAUAUUGAUAUAGAUCCUAAUAAUGCUCAUAUCCUUGAUGGGAAUGCUACAGAUUUACAAGCAGAAUGUGAUGCUUUUGAAAAGAAAAUAAAAGAAGCUGGAGGAAUUGACCUUUUUGUUGGAGGAAUCGGUCCAGAUGGUCAUAUCGCUUUCAAUGAGCCAGGAUCCAGUUUAGUAUCAAGGACAAGAUUAAAGACUCUAGCAAUGGACACCAUUUUGGCAAAUGCUAAAUAUUUUGAUGGAGAUUUAUCGAAGGUGCCAACCAUGGCUCUGACGGUUGGUGUGGGGACAGUGAUGGACGCAAGAGAAGUAAUGAUCCUCAUAACAGGUGCACACAAGGCAUUCGCUCUCUACAAAGCAAUAGAAGAAGGAGUAAAUCACAUGUGGACCGUUUCUGCUUUCCAGCAGCAUCCCCGAACUAUCUUUGUGUGUGACGAAGAUGCUACAUUAGAAUUAAGAGUUAAAACUGUGAAAUACUUUAAAGAUCUAAGCGGUUCUGAACUCUGUUGAGGUGUAGACCCUCCAUGAGAGGAGCGCUGCUCUGCGGAGGCCGUUGUGUGUCCACUGUGGAGCUGCAUGUAUUCUGAAGAGGUUCGGGGUGUCCGCCCCAGUCAGGGUGCCUCCCUUCAGGACGGAGGAAAGUGGAGCAGAGACGCCGUUCUGGGCCACGUGCAGCCCCCACGGACGGCAGGUGCUUCGCUUCAGGGUAGAGUCCUGACUGUUCUAAACCCGCUCGGCGACCGGCGCAGGGUCGUACCCACGGACUUACCUACCACUUCAGGAUGCACUGGAGGCCGUGACCCCUGUAGUCCCCCAGGGUCUACUCACGUUCCUACCCUUUCUUCGGUCGUCCCUAAAAAGUGCAUGAAAGGGCUCUAAUUCUGUAGGUCCUGAACUGCACCGCACCUCAAACAGUAGAAGUCAUUGGAAGUUCAUUUCAGGAUAUACCUUUUGGAAGCUAGAAGUAAAUCACAGGAAAGCAGCCUAAUAUUUCAUGUUUUAUUCGGAUUUGUUUGAUUUUGCUGAUUUUAUAUAAAGCCUGUGUUUCACGUCCUUGAGAAUAUAUUUUCAGGACCUCAUCAUCAUGGUGAACAUUUUUUUUGUUUGUUUAUUCCUUUGUAAGCCCUACUCCAGUAGCUUGAGACGGAGACCGAAUGAGUUCAGAUUGAGCCAAAACCUUAAAAGUGACGUUUAGGAUCUAUGACAUUUAACAUCUUCCAGCAACAUGACAGGAAGUCUCCACAUUUGAGUACUCAGAAUUUAUUUUUUUUUUUCUGUUAAUGAUUUAAGUAGCAAUGUUUUGCUUCAAUCGAAUUCUUGUGUAAAAAAUGUCAGUUUUACCUUAAGUCAAUAUAAAUUCUUUAUGUAUCAUCCAAAAUGUAAGUAAUAAAAUUUUCAAAAUAAUUUCUAGUUUGGAAACAGCUUACAUGUAAAAGUGACAGCCAAUGUGUAAACUUGAUAGAGUUGAAUUUUUAAUUAUUCUGAUGUUUUGUGUUUUCAAGCUCUAAUGUAUUAUUUCCAUGAUCAGAGCUGUCAGCAAAUGAGAGAGGAAUUGUUUCAGGUAGAACGAUCCUAAUUCUAGAAGACGCAGGUCUUCUAAACCGAGUAUCUAACAUGACCAUUGUGUGUGUCGUCCCCUCUCCUCCUGGGUGUCUCCAGUCCCCAUUUUACUGCCCUACAUACUGGUUGUUGAAAUGGACCAGGCUUUUCAGUUAAAUUCUGUUUUAAAUAGUAUUGGUUCUGUUCAGAUGGAUCAUCUGGUAAAUCAUUUCCAUUAGCAAGUAUUUUUUUCUUUGCUAUAAAAAUUACCCUUAAAUGUUUAUUUUUGGUAAAUAUAAAUUGUAUUUUCCAGUUAGUGUCAUUAGCCGAGAAAACAGGCUGAAGUGCCUUCAAGUACAUAGUCUAACGUGGUGUCAGUUAAAGAAGUGUAAGAAGUAUCUCUGUCUGAAAGUAGUUGACUCAGCAUCAUAAAAAGUGGACUGAUUAAGUGAUUUGAGAAACUUUCAUGAAAAUAAAAGCUUCACAAAGGGACUUAA